GUUGACAGUCGUAUCCAGUCUCCCGAUCCAGGCUGGAGCUCUUGACAGCUGCGUUCCAGUGACAAGCAACACUGCCUCUUUUUCUUGUGUGUGGCAUCUGCGUUCCUACAUGAAGAGCCGCAGAUGCGCGUAGUGUACUUUUUCCACCAGCCACUUUCUUAAACAGGAUUGAAAGUAUUAAUAGCCAAAUGAUUUUUUUUUCCGAAGAGAUAAGCUUGUAUUUUAAUAAUAAUUCUAUCAAACUUGUACUCUAGAAAUGGCAUGUGUUCAUUGUAAGGGUAAAUUUUUUUAUUAGUAGUCAAAUAUCAUAUAUAUAUUAUUCUGAACAAGCUCAGUUUGUGUAACAGUGGAACCGUGAAGGUUGCCGCCUGCCGCCCGCCGCUAUGAGCACUCCGGUCUUCGAAAAGCUGCUGGCGGAUGUCGGCGACAAAGGAAGGCACCAGAUUCUGCUCUACUGGAUCUUCGUGUUACCAAUCAAUUUCUUGAUACCAUGGUUGGUACUGGUGCCCAUUUUCAUGACCUCGACGCCCACCCACUGGUGUCACGUCCCUGGCCGCCCACCCAAUGUCUCCGUCGACCAGUGGAAGCAGCUUACCGUUCCCAAAGAGCUUAAGGAAGGGAAGGAGGUGUUCAGCAGCUGCUCACAAUAUAACAUAACGGGAGACUUCCUGCAGUUACUAGACCUCACUGCCACAGCUGGAGACGCCUCUGACCUCAACACCUCCUACUCCGUCGUCGGAUGCCAGGCGGGGUGGGAGUACGACCACACGGACUACGACCUGACACUGACCAUGGAGCUGGACUGGGUAUGUGAGAAGGACUCUCUGGUGGCCAAUUGGCGGUCGGCAGGAGUGGCGGGCAACGUGGUCGGGACGCUCGUCUUAAAUUCUCUCUCAGACAUCUUGGGUCGUCGACCGAUAGUGGUGGUGGCGGCAAUGAUCUACGCAGUGUUCGGGCUGGUCCGUCUCUACGUCAGGAGCUACGAGUGGCUUAUGGUGACCAUGUUCCUCGCCUCCACCUCCUUCCCGCCCAUCCUCGAGCUCUCCCUCAUCAUCGUGCUGGAACAGGUGUCCCCCGGGUGGAGGACCCGCAUCACCUCGACCAGCUUCAUCUUCUGGACUGUUGGCAUGAGUCUCCUGCCGCUGCUGGCCUGGCUCACCAGGAACUGGGUCCUCCUCGGAGUCGUCACCACCGUACCCUUCUACGUUUUUAUUCUGUGCUGGUGGAUUCUACCAGAGUCUCCCCGCUGGCUGCUAUCCCGUGAUCGCAUCGAGCAGUGUACAGAGCUGAUGAAGACCAUCGCCAAGCGCAAUGGUAAGGCGGUACCAGAGAAGCUGACAGACACUCUGAAGGCCGAGUCUCUCAUCCACAACACUGUGAGAAACUACGGCGUUCUCCAACUCUUCAAAUAUCCCACUGUUCGUCUUCGUACUUUUCUCCUCACAGUUUGCUACACGAGCAACAACCUGUUCUACUACGGCCUGGCCUACAACACUGCUAACAUGAGUGGCAAUGAAUUUCUCAACUUCUUUCUGCUGUCUGUGACAGAGCUGCCCGCGAACCUCCUUGGGUGGUGGAGUGCGGAUUUCCUGGGCAGACGCUGGACGGCUGCCGGCGCCAUGUUGCUAGCUGCUGUGUUCUCUUUGGUUAAUGUUUUUUUCCUCGAUGCAUCACAGUGGGUGACCAUCUCCCUGAUGGUGGUGAGCAAAAUGUUCAUUACAAUAAGCUUCAUGGUGGUAUACGUGCAGUGUGCUGAGGUUUACCCAACCACCCACCGCUCCUGCGGGACUGGUCUCUCAUCCCUCAUCUCCUCCAUAUUCGGCACUGCUGCACCCUAUAUUGCCUACUCUAAUGUUUAUGGAGCCUGGCUACCCUACCUCAUCAUCUUUUUCAUUGGGUGUUUUGGCUGUUUAAAUGCUUCACUCCUGCCAGAGACACUGAAUGUCGACCUUCCUCAGUCACUGAUCGAUGCUGAGAGCUUCCUCACCUCAGAGAAGUUUUGGUCUUACAAGGGUAAACGCCUCUGGUCUCGUAAGGUUCAAGUGAAGCAAAACAAUGUAGCUCAGGGCCAUGUGAACCUUGCUAACUCUGAGUCAACAUUGACAAUAUAGAUACUCCAAAGUACAGUCAAUAAUUUAAAACACAGUGAAUAAUGGAGAGGGAUACCUUUGACAAACCACUGGCUACCUGUCCCCAUCAAGGUCACUAGGGAUGGUGGCCCCUUGUGUAAAUUUAAUCAGGAAAAUGUAGAGUACUUACUGUAUAUUUGCAAUUUAAAAAUCACUCAAGCAUGCAUAAACAAUACACUUACAAUGUUUACAUAAGUAUUUUUAUUUAUUUUUAUAAUCUUGUUUUAAGCUUUGCAAUUCCUAAAGUUCAAGUAUUGUAAUGAAUUAAGAAUAUAUACAAUUUAAAAUCUAAAUAAAAAUAAGAAAUGAUCAGUUUAUUUGCAUAGCAUCAAGUACAAUAGGAUAACAUGUAACAAUGUUAACUUAAGUAAUACAUUGUAACUACAAAAUUCAUACACACGUAGCUUUUAUUUCUGUUCCCAUUUGCAAUGUACACUACUCGUCAAAAGCAUGAGGCUCCGUUCUCCCGCACAAUAAACAACACGUAAGGAAAUGUAUAGUAAAUUAAUCAUUACCUUUUAAAUGCUUGGAAGGGUGGUCUUUUCUCUUCAUGGCUUGGAGACAAGAAAGAGCUAUGUUAAGUGUUCAGGUGAGAUGUUGGCCUGGGACUGAUGUAUGGCCUCCUUGUGUUUGGAUUUGGAGCCGACAUAUUUUCCCUGCAGAUCGUCUUUUACAUGAGCCAGAGGUUCUCAACUGGGUUGAGAUCUGGGCUGUUACCUGGGCAAUCAUAUACGAAGGGUGGCAUGUUGCCAUCAAGCUACAAGGUGACAGACUUGGCGGUGUGAGCAGCAGUACCGCUCUGUUUUAACAUGCUGGCAUGUGUGAGCUUAAACGAAUCUGGUAAAUAUCCACAAAACCACUCCAGAUAAACAGCUUAAUUCACUUUAAGUUUUUUUAGGACGCACAAGAAGCUUGCCAAAACCCUUGCUUGAGAAAAAUACCCACACCGUAAGAGAACCAAGCAGCUUGAUGACUGCAUGGUACCCUUCAUAAAGUGUUGGCCAGGUAACAGUCCAGAUCUCAACCCAACUGAGAACCUCUGGCACUUGGUAAAAGAAGAUCUGCAGAGGAAAGACGAUGGCUUCAAACCCAAGCUCAAGAAAGAUAUCAGUCAGUCCUGGACAAACAUCUCGGCCGAAGAACCUAUGAAACAUAGCUCUUUCUUGUAUCCAAGCCAUGAAGAAGAGAAGACCACCCAACAAAGUAUUAAAAGGUAAUUAUAAUACAUUAUUUAUUUCCAUUAUGUAUUGUUUGGUGUGCAGGAAGGCGCUGCAUACUUUUGAAGAGUAGUGUACGUUUGUACCUGCACUCACAUUUAAGGAAAGAAUUGUUAAUGUAUAUGUGGCCAGUAUGUUAUAGUUGCUAGUAAUUUUUGUUCAGUGGUUAUGUAUGAAAUAUGUCAUUUGUUCAUGUACUGUUGCAAAUUGCAGUAACUAGACAUUUUGUAAGGUCACCAUUGGCUCCCAGUGGUUUCAAAUAAUAAUAAAAAAAAAUGUUUAUUCAGGUAAAAAUACAUAUAUAUAAAAUGAGUUACAAAAAGAAUGUCAGUGUUUUUUUAAAAUGUAAAAUGUAACACAUACAAGGGGAAACAGCUUCAAGCUCAACAAGCAUCAGUAUAGUAAAGAAAACAGUAGAAACAUUUCACCUAUACGGUGAAACCCAUGGAACUGUUUACCCACUUAAGCCUUAAUAAAUAUCACUACAUUACUGCAGUCCAAAAUCCAGUUGGACAAAAUAUCUCAGGGAAAAUGGAACUUUGACAAGCUGCUGGCUUCCUGUUCUCAUCAAAGCCACUAGAUAGAUGAUGGCCCUAAGGUAAAUUCAGGUAAAUUUGAUUUUGUGAAGUGGAGUGAAUUUUUUUCUAAUGUUCAUCAUCCUUCGAAUAAAUUAUAUUAAUAUUCCUCCAGAAUGGUGCCUUCUCAGUUCCAUCUUUCAUGGGAUGGGUAAUGACAAUUUUAUAUGUGUGUGUCCUGUAUAUGUAUGCUUGUAAGGACAACUAAUAAACUGUUUUAGUGUAGGUAGUGUAAAUAUGAUUAUUGUUUAUAUAAUAAAUACUUCUCUUUA